CUGCGCCUCAACUUUCUGUCCUUGGUUUACGUAGCAUCUUACGAGACUCGGUCUUCUUACACAGCAUGUCACCCAUUCCGUGAUUUCCUAGCAGUCCAAUUCCACCGCAUACCGCCCCACGUACUAUACCGUCUUCUCCUUCUCGACCAGCUGUUUCUGCAAUUGCACCGUUCCUACGCAUUUCCUAGACCGAGUACAUUCCGAGCUUAACAAUUUCCACCAUGAGCUCUAUACACGACUCUCGCAUACACAAGUGGUUCGCCGCCUCGCCACCGGUCGCGUGGACAAUACGGCAACUGCGAGAGAUCCUCAUCGGCUCCCUGAAGCAGGGCCCGAUCCCGCAGCAUGUUGCAUUCGUGAUGGACGGAAACAGGCGAUUCGCGCGAAACCACCAUAUUGAGACUGUAGAAGGGCACAACCUGGGCUUCGAGUCCUUGGCGAGGAUAUUAGAGGUCUGCUACAAGACCGGUGUAAAGGUUGUUACUAUCUACGCCUUCAGUAUCGAAAACUUCAAGCGCUCGAAACACGAAGUAGACGCUCUGAUGUCCAUGGCCAAGGUCAAGCUCGAGCAGCUGUCUGAGCACGGUGCACUUCUCGACCGAUAUGGAGCAUCCGUCAGGGUGCUGGGCCAGCGAGAGCUGAUCAAGCCCGAUGUGUUGAAGGCCGUCGACAGAGCAGUCUCGCUGACCGCGCACAAUAAGAAGGCCAUCCUCAACAUCUGCUUCCCGUACACAUCGCGACACGAGAUCACGACUGCAGUCAUGAAGACUGUCGAGACCUACAGCACGCCCAUCCACAACCUGCAAAGUCCUUCGAAGCGCACGUUCUCGGAAUCAGGUAUCACGCAGCAAAUUCGCAAGCAGUCCCUCAAGGAGGAUGCCGAGGGAGGGGAUGAGCAGCGCGAAUCACGGUCGUCCUCCCCAUCGAAAGAGGACAAACACGAUGACGAAAAUUCCUCGUCGAGUUCGACAGCGAUCAACCCAUCAGAGAAGGAUGAUCUGCACAACCACCAAUUCCUGGAUUCUGAGGCGAUCACCCAUCAAACCCUAACGGACAACAUGAUGACAGCGGAUGCCCCACCGCUUGACUUGCUAGUGCGUACGUCCGGUGUGGAGCGGUUGAGCGACUUUAUGCUAUGGCAGUGUCACGAAAACACUUCGAUCGUGUUCCUGAAGUGUCUGUGGCCAGAGUUCGACUUGUGGCAGUUCCUACCGGUGCUGGUCGAAUGGCAAUGGCAACAGAAGAAGAUCGAGGAGGCGGCAGCACAACAACAGAAAAGCCGUGGGCGGUCGAAGUAAGACUAGAAUCGCCUCGCGAGGCAGCUGGAGUGCAGCGAUCAAGAUGCAUCGAUGAUACCCCCGGAGCGAGCGUGCUUAUUCAUAGUGAAUGCAACUUUUGGCAAAUCAAAAUGCGCACCAAAAU